AAUCCACAAGAGCCUGGAUUACCUAGAGGGCAGGGCCACAGUCUUCCACGCCCGCUACCUCUCGGCGUGGGCAGGCAGUAGCAUGGGCAUGAAGCCACCAGUGCCGUUGGGCCACUUUGUCCUGCCACCUGCCUGCCUGCAAGAAGAAAUCAGAAGGAAAAUUGGUUGUUUUAUUUGGGAGCAGGCAGAUGAUCCACCGUCAGGAGAGCCCAGCACGAAUGUGAGGGAGGAGCCAGAGGCGGCGGGAGAAGGCUCGGAGGAGGAAGAGGAGGAGGACAUGGUACACCUGGACAACAGCAGUGAAGAGGAAGCAACGGGCUCCAAAAGCCCUGCCCAUGGGGAAUUCCUGUACCGUGCCCUCUGGGAAUACCCGAUGAACAACAUGGUGACAGGCUACCCCUCCGCUCGAGACAUGAAGAAAUACGUCGGAGAGCUCCGGGACUUCACUCCCGGUGCCUCAGGGUACGCCGUCUAUUGGAUCCAGAACGGGAUCUGCCUCUCCUCCCAGGGGAAGAGCAGAAAAUGUUAA